GCUAGCAGUACGCCGCACGGCGUCCUAGGGGCUUCCAGCACCUUAUAGAUAGAAUAUUGCAGCUCUCUAGCAUCAUCACACUCACGUAGAGCCACGUAUUAUACAUAAGCGAGGAUAUCUAACGCACUUAGCUCAAGUCGUUUUACUUCCCACCCAAAGAGCCAUGGCACCCUCUACGAUCAUAGUUGCGAAGACCUCUGGGACACUAGAGCAUGCCGUUUUCUUAAAGGUGUGCAUUUGUGCAUGUGCGGUCCUUGCACGGGUCGGGACCAUGUCGAUAUCCGCUCACUUCCAUAACGUAGCGUUGCCGUUGCACGUCAGUCGUGUAUAAACUUAGAACAAAGACCCGCCAGGUUGAAGCAGCAAUAUUUUGAGAACGGUAUUACGAAAGAGUUGUAGAAAAAAGUUAAAUUUUGGGUAUAACGAAUAAAGCAUAUGUGAUAUGUCUUUCCUUCA